AUUGACUGAGUAAUCAGUUAUUAGUUGCUUUUCUAUUUUUGCCAUUAAUACUUCAAAAAAUGUACCUGGUGAAAAUUUGUUUCUCGUUUUUACAACUAUUUGUUACCGCGAGGUGGAUUUUAGCUGACUUUGGAACUUAUAUUAUAGGAGGUGAUGAGGUAGAUAUAGCGAAGCAUCCUUAUUUGGUUUCGCUACGCUAUCGUCAUGAGGCACAGGAGCCUUAUCGGCACAAAUGUGCUGGUGUUAUUUAUUCGGAGAGAAUUGUUAUAACGGCUGCUCAAUGUCUUGUUGAUUUAGGUCACGGCGACAAUAUUAUAGUUCUAGCGGCAUCUAAUUAUCGUACCGGAUUUGAUGGUAUACUUUAUCCGGCUUUAAAAUGGUUUUUUCAUGCUGACUACUCGUCUCUGUCAGUCGAUUACGACAUUGGAUUUAUUAUAAUCCGCAGUUCUUUUGAAUUCCAAAAAAAUCAACUAAGUCCAGUCUCCAUAAUGAGUUACCGACCCGGGAGUGGCAAAAUAGCCUCUGUAGCUGGUUGGGGUUAUCGUGAAGAAUUUGGUCCCUCCUCGCGAUAUUUGAAAGAAGUUGAAGUACCAAUAGUAAGUACAACGGAAUGCACUCAAUCAUACGGGGAAGGUGAAAUCACAGAACGUAUGAUUUGUGCUGGUUUGGUUAACGGUGGCAAAGAUGCAUGCCAAGGGGAUACCGGUGGACCUUUGAUUAUAAAUAAUCAACUUGUUGGUUUGGUAUCAUGGGGACGCGGUUGCGGUCGACCUGGCUUUCCGACGGUGUAUGCCUUUGUUGCUAGUCUAAAAGACUGGUUGGAUGAUGCUAUUGCCAGCGUCACAGAAGAUGUAAAUAAAAAGCUUUCAACAGAAGUAAAGUAAAAACAAGCUUAUGAAAACUGGAAUAUUCUUUAAUUUUCACGUCAAUCUUAGUACUUUUAUCUUUAUUAUUAAUACAAAUUUACUAGUUAUCACUUUGGCCGUAUGUCAUUUAAUUUUUGGAACUCGUUUUGGCUUAGCACAAUCAUUAUUUUGAAUUACUCAGUCAGAUAUGUCUAAAGCAAUAUGAAUACACAAGGAAAAUUUGAAGAAUAAAAAAGUAUUUUCAAAAUGAACAUUUAACUUCGGAGCUUGAGCUUAGCUGAGAAAUUAUUGCAAUUAAGGUGAGGACGGUUAAGACCAGCUUAUGGAGAAAAUCUAUGGCAUAUAAAAUUUCGUUUGUGGCAACACUAAAAUUUUGUUGACAGAGAUCACUUCAGAUUCACAUGUACUAUAUAUGAGUAUAUCUUUACAAAACUGCUACCAAAGUAUUUGCCAGAAUCACUCCGUACGUUCCAUGCAAAAGUACUCCAGAUCGACUUAUUGCGCAUUCCAAGCACAAAAAUAUAGAGAUAAAGCAAUAUGACUAAUGCGUUCCUAAAAUAGUUGCGUUUUACAAAAAGGUAAAUGUGGGGUUGAUAUUUUCGAUUGAAAAAUAUAUAAUAUGUGAAACUUCAAACCAAAUAUCUUUUUUUUUUUUGCUUCAUACAAAUACUUUUAUUCUAUAUAAACAGAUAACAGUGUCGCCUUUUGUUCUACUAGCUCCUCACGUGAUAAUUUCAGCUGUUGGUUACAACUCCAUAUUUCUGUUCGUAUUUCGAAAGUUUCAAUGUAUUGAUAUAUACUGAAAUAUGUACUGUAAAUAUUUCUUCACAAAUGAUCCUCGCAAUUUUUUACCCGCGCCUGUUAUUAAAUUUUUACUUUCUAGACCCUGAUGAUUUAAAAUCUUGUUUUAGCGAUCUUCAUAAUAUUUUACCCAUAAUUUUCGAUACGUCGCUGUCGAGCUGCGUGUUUCUUUCGUCUUAAAAAACUGUUUUACACUUUCAUAUAAAAUAAACGAAAAAAAAACGUUGUAUUGAUAAGUGCACACGUAUUGUUGACUUUGGAUCUUUAUUCAAGUUCUUGAAAAUUAUCGCUAAGCAAAAUGGCAUUAAUUCAAUAAUACCUGCUUAUUAACAGCAUCUUAUAAAAGGCGGCCUUCUAAGAGUCUCCUUAAAUUUUUCUCCGAAAAUUUUAGUGGAUUUGCUGAAGGUCUUCAAACGGAUAUUAUCUACAUGGACCGUAGCACAACACGUAGAGAAAUAAGCUGAGAUUUGGUUUUCCUUAAAUUAACGAAAUUAGAAUUUUCUUCGAACUCAUGAUGAAUUUUUCAACUGUUUGAUAUUCACAUUCCCGGUGCCUCAAGGCAGAUAUCUUACUCCUGUUUUCUUUGCUAUUUAUUAGUGGUCUUCUAUUAGCAAUAGGAGCCUCCGCUUUAUUAUUGCAAUCAGGGGGUGAUCAAAAAACUACAUUAAUUAAGUUACCAUAAUGGUUGGCUAUGAAUCUGUUUAGACUUAUGGUCAAUGCAGAAAAAACGUUUCUGUUUUACUCCACAUAACUUCGGCUGGAAUUUCCUUUUGUUUUUACUUUUGUGUGAGCAUAGACUACAAAUUACUAUCUUCAUACAAGCAUAAACUUUUUUUUUGCCAACGUUGAAGAUUAAUUUUUCUUCCUUUUUAAUGUAUUUGUAGAUCUAUGUACGAUUUUUUGUUUUUCGCUCCCUACUAUUUCCCACUGCUCCUUUCAUUUUCUUUCUUAUUUUGCUUUUAAGUCUUGUUUGAUAUCACAAUAUUUACUUUUGCUACUAUCGCUGAUGUCAAUAUUAUCUAUCUACAUCAUUUUUAACAUCUGAACUAUUUCUUUUACACUCUUACUUACAAUAAUAUCUUUAUAAUCAUUUACAAAAUACAACGGGAAGCGGUAAAGAAAGUAAGAAUUAAUUGAGGGUCUACGAAAUUCGUGUCCGUGGGAUCAUUCGGGAAUGUUACAAUAUAUCACUAAAUAACUUUUACAAAAAUUACCCAAGAUUUUACACUAAUUAAAUUAUUGCUUGCUUCAAAAUUAUAUAUUUCAAAAUUAU